AUGCAGACACCACCCACGACGCCGACAGCACCGACCUCGCGCGCUGCAGCGCCAACUGCGCAGCCUGCGCAACCUCCAGUGCUGCCUCUCUCAGCCUCGCCACCGGCCACCUCGGCGACAAGCCCGCCAGCCACGGCUCCGAGUCCGCCAGCCGCGACGUCGGGUCCGCCAGCCACGACAUCGCCCUCCCAGGCGCUGACUCCGCCGGCCACAACGUCCCCCUCCACGGCGCUGACUCUGUCGGCCACGGCACCCCUUGCUGCUCGGCGUCGCGAAGAAGACGAAGAGCCUGAUUCUGCCGACGAUUCUGUCUGUAGUGUCGAUCCCACUGCUACCUGUGAGAGUGAGGUGAACGAGGACAGCAGCGACGACGACUUUACGCCUGAUUCGGAGGCGUCACCCAGCGACGACGAGGAACCGCGCACAGCAGAGAGCGCGAGCAGUGAAGCCGAAGAUGAAGAGGAUUUUAGUAUCUUUUUGAAUGACGCGAGACCUCGAGCCCGUGUGACUGAGGUGAUUCAUGCGGACGCGUGUGAGAACGAGUGCGUCAAAGGCAAGGCUCGUGAGUUGGAGUUCUUGCUGUGCUCGCUGGACCAGAUGACGAAGCAAGAACGCACCACGAGCUUGUACACGCUCCUGGCUGUGUUGAUGCAGACCCCCACGGUUGAGCGUAAGAGAGGACGGGGUGACCGUGAGAAGUUUCCGUACAUCCUCCCCUACGUAGGUCAUGUGUGCCGACCCACUUUCGCGCUCUGCUAUGGAGUAGUCCCCAUUACCUUGCAGCGCUACAAGAUGCGCAUCCGAGACGGUAACAUGUCGAUCAAGGCGCAUGAGGCUGUUAGUUCGGCGUCCAAGAGCUCAAUCCCGAUGCAUCUGCCUCGCGGAAGCUCAGCGUUCAAGUCCUACAAACCUAUUCUCACCGAAUUGUACAAACGACUUGACGGCAUUCAGAAGUUCCAGAUUUUCACGAUGGACGCAUCGCAGCCGGGUGUCGUUGUCUGCAAGAAAGGCCCCGAGAGCGAACCUGUAGAGAUUAGUUUGAGCCGUCAAAUUGACGGGAUCUUCACCACGAAGGAGAAGGGGCAGCGGAUGAUGACGGACCAUAUCGAGACGCUGUCCCCUCUUAGCGAUCCCCUCUACGCCAAGCCUAGCGAGCAGGAAGGAGAAGAUAUCAAGUCACGGAAACAAGCACGACGUGAGCAUCGCGCGGCAAUGGCCGUGGCGGCUAAGGCUAACCAAGACCAGCGUGGUAUCACGGAGGCUGUUGCGACGAAAAAGAACCCAGCAAAGAAGAGGGCUACUGCAGCAAAGAAGACGCAAAAGAACAAGAAGCACAAAGCUACUGCGGAUCUGCAUGCUGAGCAAGAAUAG